AUGCCUAGCCGUGUUGCCAAAGGAAAGGGCCAGCCGAAAAAGGCUGUGCCCAAGGCCCAAGCCAGCCCACAUGAUACGAACCUCAUGCUCCUGUGGGCAUGCCUUCGCAAUAAUGGUGGAGGAUCGGUCAACUGGGAAGAGGUGUCCUCUUCGCUUGGCAUCACUCCCGUUGCGGCCAAGACCCGCUAUCAUCGUCUCAAACAGCGCAUGGAGAGCAUGAUGCAGCCUGCACAGGCAAGCAAGAAGGACGAGAGCCCGGAGCUUAAGCCCGAGCCUGAGUCUGACUGCUGA